GUUGCCUGGGUGACGGGGAGUGAGCGAUGGCGCUUGGAGGCCUCGGGUUGUUGUUGCUGGUCAAUGCCUGCACUCUGCUCCUCUUCCUGGAGCCCGCCGCGGCCCAGGGCGCCGCCAAAUACUCCCGGGAGAAAAACCAGGCGCCCGAGGAGGAGACAGAGGCAAAGAUAGCGAUCGAGUUCAGGAUCGCGAAACUCAACCAGGUCUGGGAGAAGGCGCAGCGACUCCAGUUUUCUCCUGUGAAGCUAGCCGAGCUUCACAGUGACCUGAAAAUUCAGGAGAAAGAUGAACUGAACUGGAAGAAGUUGAAAGCCGAUGGGCUCGAUGAGGAUGGUGAGAAGGAAGCCAGGCUGCGACGUAACUUCAACGUAAUCCUCACAAAGUACAGACUUGAUGGAAGGAAAGAUACUGAGCCUAUGGACACAAAUUAUCUGAAAGAAUCGAUGGACUCUGAGAAUGAUGUGUUUGAUGAUCCAAAAUUGGAGAAAUUGUGGAAUAAGGCAACAACCUCUGGAAAAUUUAGUGAUGAUGAGGUUCGAAAACUGCGCCGGGAGUUCCAACAUCACCAGGAUAAAAUUCAGGAGUACCACAUCCUGAGAGAGACCGUCAGCAGGAAUGAAGACAUUUAUCAGAAUGUAAUCAGCCCUUCGGAAGCCCAUGUGAAAGAGGAUUUGCUACACACCAAGCAUGCUGAGCUGAAGGAUAAGCACCGUAAUGUUCAAGCAAGCUUCGAGCGUUUGCGCAAGCUCAUUCACCACGGCUAUGAUGAAGAUAGUGAUUUUUCUGAGCCGAGAGUGCUUGAAUUGUGGGAUAUGGCAAAGCGAUCAAACUUCACAGAUGAUGAGCUGGAUUCCAUUAAGGAGGAGCUGAAGCAUUUUGAGACAAAAAUUGAGAAGCACCAGCAUUAUCAAGAGCAGCUGGAUUUAUCCCAUCAGAAGCUGAAACAUGUGGAGACUAUUGGGGACAAGGAACAUUUGUCCAGGAACAAGGAGAAGUAUGCAAUGCUAACGGAAAAGACAAAGGAACUUGGGUAUAAGGUCAAGAAGCACAUGCAAGAUCUUCUGGCUAGACUCUCAAAGGGAGGGCUAAACCACAAUGAGCUAUGAAUUCUGUUCUGCUCAAAGCCUGAAACUGCUGUAUUUCUGUAUCUGGGAGAUAUAUCCAGUCUAAACACCUGCUAAUUGUAAGUCACCAGGUUUAAUGGAUGCACUCACCCAAACUUAAUUUCUGUGAUGAUUCGCCUCUUUUGUGCAUAUCUUUGGAGACACUAGGAUUGGAACACAAUCAAAAAGCUUGUUAUAUGAUGUUACUCAUACUGAACUACAUGCUAUUAAUGAAGGUGGUACUUUACAUAACUGCUUUGAUUUGAAUGGAGUUUAUCAGACCGUGAUGAAUCAUCUCAGUAAUGAACAUGUUUUGUAAAUUAAACUCAGAAGUUUCUGUACAUUGGUACUUGUAUUGUUGCUGCCUGUUUGCUCUAUCAUUUUUAGAUCAGUCGGCAGGGUUUGAGACAGUAUACUAUAGGCCAGCAGAUUAGUUUUACCAAACUAGAUCUGUCUUCAGAAAUGAACUUUAUAAAAGAAAUGCAGAAAUCCUAUAAAGAUGAUGUCUCCUUCUCUAAAGUGCGAUGUGUCCAAUAUGCUCCGAUCUGACACUCCACUACAGUGAGGAUGGUGUUGUGUGGUUAAACUGAGACUCUGGGCCACCCCUAUCUGCCCAUCCUUCCUCCAAUGGAUCUAGAAGAUGCCUUUAUUUUAUUCAAAAUGCGGCAUCGAAGAUCUCCCUGCUAUCCCCUGACCAAUAUAUAACCCUCAGCUGACAUUUUCCUGAUCCCUGGAUGCUGCCUGACCUGCUGUGCUUUUUCAGUACCACUCUAAUCUUGACAUUUUUUUAUAACAGAUUAAACAGUCAGUAUCUAUUGUUUUGUCAGUGCCUGCUGUGUGCAACUUCUUAGAUACAAGAUUUUGAUACCCAUCAGAUGUUUCCUCUUGUGGAGGAGACUAAAACUUGGGAACUUUGUUUUAGAGUAAGAGUCUAUCCCUUUGAGACAAAUAAGACCUCCCCCUCCCCAAAAUGUCAUCGACGUGUGGAAUACGCUUCUCCAAAAUGUAGUGGGGCUGGGUCUUCAAUUUUAUUCAAGACUGAGUUAGACUUUGAAUGUCAAGGGGUUCUAGAGUGUAGGGGUCACGGACAGGACAGAGCUUAGACCACAAGUAGAUCAGCCAUGAUGUUGUUGAAUGGUGAAGCAAUCUUAAAAGGCCAAAUAGCUUACUGCUAUUCCUAAGUCUUGUGUUCCAAAGCAAAACUUCUUCUGUGCUUCAACAGCUGCUGCACUCUAAAGUACCUCGCAGGAUGUCCUGAGGCUGCCAUAUCAAUGCAAAUUCCUUUAGUUUUUGUUUGGCAAAAGAAAAUGACAAACACAGUGACUUGGAUGAUGCUUGGUGAUAACUUGUCCAAUAAUCAAUUCUAGUAUGAGUUAAUUUGUUUUGGGGAAUGAUGGGGGCAACUGAUGUCAAAAUUUAUACCUUUGUCACCUCCUUCCCUACCCACCAUCCUGGCCUGGCAGUGCACUUCUGGCAACCCUUCCCCACCUCCAUCCCCCUCCUUCAAUUUUAAAAAUAAAUACCUUCCAUCUCCAUAA